GCAUCUUGUCACUACUGCACUGCAUCGCACUUUGGCGGAUGAGGACAGCUGUUCCGCACAGCUCAUUCAACUUUCUUCAAUUAAGUACCUGUACGUUAGAUUCCCUCAGUUAAACAAGUACCACAGCUGCAAAGAAUAUACCCACCUUCAACAUGAGUCUUCAAGUCCCCUUAAGGACGAAAGCUGUGCCGAACACCAAGGCCGUCAUUCUGGUAGGCGGUCCUUCAAGAGGGACUCGCUUCAGACCUCUCUCGCUCGAUGUACCAAAACCACUUUUCGACGUCGCCGGUCACCCGAUCAUCGAGCACUGUCUGCGAGCCAUCGCGAAGGUCGAGCACAUCAAGGAGGUCUUCCUGAUUGGAUACUACGAGGAAUCCGUCUUCCGAGACUUCAUCAAGGAUGCUUCCCACUCGUUCCCGAACAUCACCGUGAAAUACCUGCGGGAAUACGAGUCGCUAGGCACCGCUGGAGGGCUCUAUCACUUCCGCGAUGCUAUCCUCAAGGGGAACCCUGCUCGCUUCUUCGUGUUGAACGCCGACGUGUGCUGCUCGUUCCCGCUCAAUGAGAUGCUCGGACUCUUCGAGGAGAAGGGUGCGGACGCCCUCAUCCUAGGAACUCGGGUGAGCAACGACACGGCGAAGAACUUCGGAUGCAUCGUGUCCGAUCCGCACACGAAGCGCGUGCUCCACUACGUGGAGAAGCCGGAAUCGCAUAUCUCCAACCUGAUCAACUGCGGCGUCUACCUCUUCUCGACUAACUGCAUCUUCCCCGCCGUCCACAACGCCAUCCAGCGGCGUACCGAGCGCCCCCGCCUCGUCUCCUACCCCUCCUCCGAGAACCUCGACAACUCCUACUACCAGGAGCUUGAAGACGGCGAGAAGUCCGACGUCCUCCGCCUCGAGCAGGACAUCCUCUCCGACCUCGCCGACCGCAACGCCUUCUUCGUUCUGGAAACCAAAGAUUUCUGGCGCCAGAUCAAGACCGCCGGCUCCGCUGUCCCCGCCAACGCCCUCUACCUCCAGAAAGCCUUCCAAUCCGGCUCUGAGGAACUCGCCCCCCCGUCCGCCAACAUCCUCCCGCCCGUCUUCAUCCACCCGUCUGCCCACGUCGACCCCACCGCCAAGCUCGGCCCGAACGUGUCCAUCGGACCCCGCGCGAACAUCGGUGCGGGCGUGCGCAUCAAGGAGUCGAUCGUCCUCGAGGACGUGGAGGUGAAGCAUGACGCGUGCAUUUUAUAUUCCAUCGUCGGGUGGAACAGCAAGGUGGGCGCGUGGGCGCGGGUGGAGGGCACGCCGACGCCGGUCACCAACCAUACGACGAGCAUUGUCAAGAACGGGGUCAAGGUGCAGGCCAUUACGAUUCUGGGGAAGGAGUGCACGAUCAAGGAUGAAGUGCGGGUGCAGAAUUGUGUUUGCUUGCCGUAUAAGGAGCUCAAACGCGACGUCUGCAACGAAGUCAUCAUGUGAGUACGGGAUCUCGGUCAGCCUUUGUCCGCCUUGAAUGUUUGAUGGCGACGGCAAAGUACCAUUACACUCAUACCCUGUUCAGAG